CCUACGAAACGCGCCCGAGGACAAGGAGAGGAAAUUAUACCAACAUGCUUGCGCAAAGGCCACUUUUGCGCCUGCAGCAACCAUGGAGAUUAUGCGCCAGGCGACCCUUUUCGACCACAGAACUCGGCAAUGGCAUCAAUAUGGCAUAUGAAUUGUAUGAGCCGGAAAAGGAAACUCAGGGCAGCCCGAUCAUUCUCGUCCACGGUCUUUUUGGCUCCAAACGAAACUACCGGAGCAUGAGUAAAGUCCUCGUUCGUGACUUGAAACGUCCUGUCUAUGCCAUUGACACGCGGAAUCAUGGUGAUUCUUCUCACCACCCGAAGCACGACUACACUUCCCUGGCAGAAGACCUCGAGCUCUUCCUCAGGCACCACCAGCUGCAGGAAACGUGCCUCAUCGGUCACUCCAUGGGCGCAAAAGCAGUCAUGGCCGUCGCUUUGCGGAAGCAAGUCAAGAUUGGCUCUCUGAUUCCUGUCGACAAUGCUCCUGUCGAUGCAGCGCUGAAGAGCGACUUUUCCAAAUAUAUUGUCGGCAUGCGGAAAAUCGAAGAGUCGUCUGUCAAGACCAUGAAAGAAGCCGAUCAGAUUCUGCAAAGCUACGAGGAGUCGCUGCCUAUACGCCAAUUUCUCCUGACGAAUCUGGCCAAGGCGGAAGAUGGGACGCAGAAGUUCAAAGUGCCGAUCAAGUUUCUCACACCAUCAUUGAAUGGGCUUGGAGACUUUCCAUUUCGCGAUCCGGAUGAGACGAGAUACGAGGGCCCUACGUUGAUUGUGCGAGGCACGCAGAGCCACUAUGUCAGUGAUGAGACGCUGCCCGUCUGUGGGAGGUUCUUUCCCAACUUUGAGAGAGCGGACAUUGACGCGGGACAUUGGGUCAUCAGCGAGAAGCCGGAGGAGUUUAGACAAGCGAUUGUGGAAUUUUUGACAAAGCGGCAAGACUGAGAGUGAGGGCGGACUUGUACCUUCUAUGGGCUUUCCGCGCGCGCGCUGAGCUCCCGCUGUGCAAACGAUGAUGCUCCGUCAGCACGCGCUGCACCAUGUACAGAAGAUGCAACUAAGACAUUAUUGCGUCCCGUGCGCAUCCGGUUUUAAAGCCGACAGCCGCGGGAUUCACAUUCAGUUCAUCAUCAAAUCCCAUCGAAUUCGAACGGCACCAGACAUACAGUACAUGACAUUAUACUUGAACGAUGCGGCAGCCCAUAUCUAGGUAUUCCAUGGUUUCACAUGGAAUACGAGCCACGUUCUAUUCGGGCCGAAGACGUAUCAACAGCUUCCUACCAGUCACUGGCAUUGGCCGAUCAAAGGAAAAGAAAGUGCUGACCACAACAAUGCAUACCAUGUGUUGGCAGGGCAUUUCGGUAUGGUAUACAAGUAUAAUAUCCAUGGCGGGGAGGGGGGAAGUUGGUGUAGGGGCCGCGGAGAAAUGGCAAACAACAGCGAGCGAGUUCGCUGCUGGACCACCAAUUCCGGGCUAGAGCAGGCCAAGCGGGCGAAGCGGGCGUGGAAGCGAAGUAAAAGUGGUGGGUCCCCGUCGGUUGGCAGAGCUUGACAAGCUUGUUAUGCGGAUAAGCAAGCAAGCAAUCAAUCAAUCAAUCAAUCAAU